AGGCUCUUGCCAUUUGAAGAGGAGCGAAGAAGCAGCGAAGGAAGUGCGGCGCCACUUCAGCAGAUCAACGAGUCAGGAGUCGGGAACAAAGACGGCUCUGCAGGAGGGAUGAAUAGCCUCGACGCUUCCAGGCGUUGGCCCUUACAAUGACCACUCAACCAUAUACCGACGUCUUCGAACCCCCAUGGCCGCUCUACAGGACCAGUCAAGUGCAUCCUUUGCGAGCGCUUUUGGUCGCUUUUGCGCAAUUGCGACUUCAGAAUCCGCGUGUCAAGCCGUGUACAGCAUUACUUUCCUCCAAUCUCAUUUCCUGCGCCGAGUACCUAGUGCGGAACGCACAGCGAAUCGCAUACGUCGCGAUCGCGUCUCAAGGGAGGGGCAAGGUCGCCCGACUGAUAUGCACCCGCGCGAGAACACAUGCACCCAUGAAGCAUCACGGCACAUAGAACGGAGAGGGAGCAAGGGAAGAAAGACUUUGAAUGGAUUGCAAUGUGUAUGUACUGGAAGGAAACAAAGUAAGGUCCGGUUGGGAACACAGGGGCUGUGCGCUCGCAAUCAAGCUGCUUCUGAACGCGCAGCGUUCGAUGCAGACUCGGAGCAGCAGGCAGCAGAGAGUCGAGAUGAGCAAGGUCAGUCAAGAGGUAUGUACAAUGUGUCGAGGCUGUCCGCCCAACAUAGCUUGGCAGAAGUCUCGAAGUGUGCGGUGUGCACAGUCGACGUGUGACGAUU